CAGAACGCUCUGGCUCGCUGGCGGCGUGCGUGACACUGAUCUGUGAGCACGGCUAGUGUCGCUCGUUCAAGGUCAUCCAUGCACAGCAGGGCCAGACUUAACUUGCAUGAACGCGGGUACGUUGCAAAGCUUAGUAGCGGCUGAAAUUGCCUGAUCCCAGUUAUGCCUUGCAUCGGCGAACUCUGGGGUGGCACGACCACAAGAGUGCGCAUGAGGGCCACUAAACUCUCGCCCUUGCACAAUCCCAAGACCCUUGACGCCAAACGGAUGCCAACAAAUCGCUGGUUAGGACUCUGUCAUCUUCCGCAUCUGCGGCUGAAGUGGGGAAUAACGAUGUGCUCCAAUCUCAUAUGAAGCCUCCGCCCAAGGAUGAGAACCUACAGUUCCUCUCAAUACUGUCGCUGCAAGUAUACGUCUCCAAAUAUUCUGAGCCACGAAGAGCAAGUUAGAAGGCACGCCGGCAACUUCUGUCUGGCCACCACUUUUCGCCAGUCGACGAUUCUCGGGGUGCGAUAACGAGCCUAGAGCAAUGGCGACAGAUAUUGGUCUGAUUUGGAAUCUGGCACUCGACCACUACAAGGACGCUGCAGGUUUUGACAAAGACUUCGACAUCAAUACGCUAUCACGUGCAAAAAGCGUCAGAGAUGUGAUCAGCAUUAGUGACGGUAGUCUUAAGAAGUUUGAAAAUUUUCGGCACGAUGGUGGAGGUUGUGACAAGUUCAGAACCUUUGUCGCAGACCAUCUUGAGCCAGUCGAGAAGGUGGCAGAGUACGUGGCUGAUGCUGCAUCAGGAGCAUUUCCUCCCACUACCGCCAUUUUCAAAGUCAUUGACUACUUCAUCAAAAUCGCAACAGAGGUUCGAGCUGACUACGAAAAAGUCAAGGAAUUCUUUGAGAAGUUGGGAUCCUAUCUUAAGAGCCUGAAAAUCCUCGAGGGUCAUGUUCCAGAGAUUGACGAGCUACGAGAGGCACUUAUGAAGGUCAUGUCUUGUCUUCUUGUAAUUUGUGGGAUCAGCACAAAGUUCAUUAAAGACGACAGAUGGAAGAAGGGUGUAAAGAAAUUUCUUCACCUUGAUAGUGACGAAUUGAAAGACGCCUACGCAGAUCUUGAAAAGAGCUUGGCGGAGGAGGCGAGGGCUGUGAAUCUAGCUCAAUUGCGAAUCGGACAAGAGAUCAAAGUUGAUGUCCGCCAGGGCCGAAAAGAGCAGCAAGAAACCCACGUUGCGGUGUUACAGGGCCUAAAGAUGGACCGAGAGAUCCUGGGAAUAGUGCAACGUGUGGACAAGAAAUUGAAUGAACAGUCAGAGACAAAUGACCUCGACAAUAUCAAAGGAGCAUGGAAAAGCAUCAUCUUCGAUACGCCCGAGUAUGAUAAAAUCGAGUCAACUUUCCUUGAGGGCACUGGAAAAUGGCUCCUCAAGGAAGGUGCCUAUCAGAGGUGGGCCCAAGGAGAUACUUGUUUUUUGUGGUUGUCAGGGCCUCCCGGUACAGGUAAAUCAUACCUAACCUACUCGAUAGCCCAACGUCUGGGCAACGAAAGCACAUCAAUUUCGAAAACAGCCGCAGCAAUUUUCUACUUCGACAACGCGAAAGAAAAGACUCGAUCUGUGAAGGUCGCUUUAUGUAAUCUGAUUGUGAAGCUUGCCGAAAAGGAUGCAGUUUACUGCAAGCGUGUGUCAGCGCAGAUCAACAAGAUUGCUGUCAAUAUCAACGAGGCAUCAAUCGAAACUGUGUGGUCCAAGUAUGUGCGGGAUCUGCUCCAAAUGGCAUCUCCGAGCAAAAUGUACUUGAUUAUGGACGGAUUAGACAAAACCAAUCGAGAUGAAUGGACGACCUUGCUUCGGCUACUAUCCGACAUCCCAAGAUAUAAGCUUCCUGUUCAGGUUUUGCUCUCCGGCCGCCCAGAACUUGACUUUCCUCUGAGGUCUAUCUGUGAUCCUCAGAAAGACAUGAUCCAGGUUACUGAGCGUAAGAACCACGAAGACCUAAAAGCUUUUGUGCGAGAUCGGUAUGAGCAAACUAUGCAACUCAAGCAUAUAGCUCGAGAUGGUCAGAAAGUCAUCAAAACACUGCUGCAGAAUGCCGGAGGGAUGUUCCUGUACGUGGAUCUGGUCCUGAAAGAACUUGACAGCAUGAGCCAGUGGCCCGCUAUUCUCAGUGCUUUAGAGUGUCUGCCGCAAGGACUGACCGACUUAUAUGCCCAAUCUCUCGCUGGGGUUGCGGGGAAAGCUUCUUCCCCAGAUGAGGUCUCCUUUCUAAGGACCUUGUUUCAGUGGAUUACUUAUGCCGAAUGUCCACUGAGUUUGUAUGAGUACCACUGCUUGCAGAGUCUAGGUAUCAUUUGCAAGGACUACAGUGUCGAGAAUGAAGUUCAGGGCAGAUGUGCAAGUCUAUUGCGCCUGUCUGGGCACGGAGCCGUACAAGUGGGAGACUCAGCAGCUUUAUCAACUCCUUCAAAUGCAUCUGAAGUCUUGUCGAUGCAAAAGACGUCAGAUACAGCUAGUCCGGAUGACGAUUGGGAGAAUGACGACGACAGCAGCCAAGGUGAACAGGAUGACACAAGUGACGGGGGAGAAUAUUCUCGUCUAUCCAGCAUCUUUGUCCAAGCAGUCCAUCACUCCCUCAUUGACUAUCUUCGCGAUCCGGCCACAGCUCAGACAUCAUUCAUGACUAAAUCGGCUGAUGCGAACGCUGACCUUUUCAUGGCUUGCAAGGACGUGAUAUGCAACAGCGACGAUGAUUUUGAAAGUCCCGAAUGGGAGGCCAAAACUGAUCUUGCAGGAUAUGCUGUUAAUUCAUUGUUCCGACAUCUUGAGAACAUAGAUGUCGAUGCCAUAUCCGACCACCUCCUCGCGCGUGUUACACAAGGAUUGAAAGAAGUCUUCUCGAACGCCGAGCAAGUCGCCACAAGUCUCGAACGUCAGAUCCAUCAUGGAUACUUUGGUUUAGAACCCCCACUCAAGCCUGACUGGCCCUUGCAAUCCGUGAUCCUGAAUUUACUUGCAAAAGCAAGCCAACUCAAGGACGGCAAGCUUCAACCAGAUUGUUCUCAAUGGGUCGAAAAAAUCUGGAAAAAACCAUCGGAAUUGUUCCUUCCCCUAGCGAAGAAACAUGUUGAGAAUUGGCUCAACGACUUUUCGGACGAUUCUGCGGCUUUCAGAUGUGCUUUGGCGGCGUUAUCAACGACGAAUUCUAUACAAGCCUUGUCGAAGCCAAUUUCCGAUUACAUAGCACCAACGAAGGAAGAAAUCAUGUUUGUGGCUUCUGCAUUCCCAGACAUUCCAAUUGAUGCCGAUGCCCACCGCAUGAUUGCCCUUACACUGGCACGUUCGCCUCGUGUUGACCCGCAGGACGCAAUCGUUGAGUUAAACCAAAGUCUGAAAGCGGCGACAACGAAGCUGGAGCAGUAUCGUGCGCUGGUAGCUCUUGCAGAAAUUCAGAACAGGCUUCUUCAAUACUCUCAAGCUCGCGACUCCGUCAAGUCCGCGCUUUCAACGAUCUAUGAAGGCAAUAUCUACCCCAGCAUGGAAAUCCAAGCAGAUCUGGAAUCUAUGGACAUACUACAAGCCUACCUGGUGCUGGCGGAGGCACUUUCAGGCUCGAAAGAGGUCGAAGAUGCAAUUGCUGCCUUUCACAAGGCUUCCGAACUCGCUAAGGAUAAGGAUGAUUUAGAGCAGCAACAUGAAAUUCUUGGUGAGAUUCUUGAUCUAGCAGGAGCGAACAAAAGGUAUAGUAUAGUGAUGCGAGAGAUUGAGAAUGCUGAUCCCAAGGUUCUGUCUGUGUGGUUCGGUCUUCCAAGUGUCGGGAUAAAAGAUGACCACGCCAUCGUGCAAGAAGCAGCGAGACGAAUCAAGCGCGAGGAUUCCUUGAUACGCUGCUAUAAUAAUGCAAUCACACUCCGAGAACCAGAUGGCACCGGCUGGAUUAUACGAUAUCACCUUGCCAACUUUUAUCGAAGGGUCCUCGGCGAUAAUGACAAGACACAUCAGGAGCUUAAAGCCAUCCUCGCCGAACUAUCCACGGAUCCGGAACAAGAAGAUCGCGGUCUUAUUUUUCAGCCAUUUGCUUCAAUGAUGUGUGAGAUCCUUUGCGACAAGAUCAAAGCCGCCAGAGAUCCCACUUGCAAGAAGACGCUCAAGGAGGAGCUCGAAGGUUUUAUUGAAUGGAUAGACACAGGGGACCGUCGCUUCAAAUGGAUGGACACAGAGGACCAUUGCUUCAGUGAGAUGAUAUAUUUGGUUCUCGUCAAGCCGUAUGUCGAGGCCAAACUUCCCAACAAGGCCAAGAAAAUCCUCCAGCGAAAUCUGCAAUUCUGCAAAGACGCACUCAGCAACAGCAUUGGUGAUGACGACUCGGAGGCAUUUAUGCUUCUCGCCAAGGUCCUGGCUCUCGCUGGAAUGAGGCCCGAAGCAGAGAUAGCAUUGUCAUGCACCUUCUCGGCCAUGAGGCCAGAAUUUCUUAGGAGCGAAUCGGAGGACGACCCGUUGGAAGCCGCCAUUAAAGCGACGCGAGGAAGGUCUCAGUAUGAAGAGGAUCUAGCCGAUGUCUGCAUUGUAUGCGCUGGGAAAGAUAACCGCUGGCAUUGCUGGGUUAAGCCCAUGUAUCUCUGUGUUGACUGUAUUGACGUUUGUCUAUGUGAAGGCUGCCAUGGAGUGAGGCUUAUGCGGAAUGCGCUGGAUGGUGGCGAUUCAUCGUCGAUGGGAUGGAUGCUGUUUUGCGGGAAGGACCAUGAGUAUAUUCAAGGACCUGUUAAGGGUUGGGGCGGUAUGAAGGAUGGUGUUAUGAGAAUCGGGGAGCAGAAGAUCAAGUUCGAGGAUUGGUUGAAGAAUGUUGAAGCUACCUUUCGGAAGGUAAAGUUGGCAUAAGUCCAGACAGCGAAAUUGUAUGGCCUUGUUUGACAACUCUCAACAGUCGUACGCACGACAAGGACGUCUGAACUCAACAUUUUGUGUCCAUCCUCGGAUAACGGAGCAUUACCACUGGCACCAGACGCGAAGAAAACCAAGCUUAGGCUAUCAAGUGGUGAAGCCAGGGUGGUUUUCGGACUGUUAAAACAG